AUGGAAGAAUUUGCGCCAUCUCAUGAUAAUUUUGACACCUUUCCACGGGUCAUUCACCUCGAACCCUUCACAGAUGCGGAGAUAGCUGCGUAUCGUGCCAGCCGACCUUUCUAUUCAAGCUCUUCCUUUAAGAGGAAGCGUACAGAGGAUAAUUUCGAGGAGUUCGAUGUUAGGGAGAACAAUCUGUCCGGAAGUUCGAAUUGGGCUCUAUCUACCUCAUCCGAAGGCUGCAACUCUGUAGGCGAGCCUGAGGCGAAGAGAGCUCGCACCGACCGCGUGCCCUAUGCUGCUCCGUUAGACCUGUCCACGGCGUCCCUCGGUUCGCCAUCAACGCCAUUCAUGCCUGCACACACGGCUUCCGACUCUCUUUCUGUGGAAGACGACUUGUCAAAUGAUUGGCAGUUAGCCAGCCCUGAAUUUGACGUCCUCGGCGACGGGGAUUAUUUGACCCAGGAAUUGGCUUACUCGAAUUUGGACGGCACCUCCUGGUCCGCCGAAGAGCUUCCAGAGGCUAUCGUGGGUGACAUGCUUAUGCCUCUCGAGGACAUGUUUCCAUGGGAUGAGAACACGCUCGGAUUGAGUGAUCAGUUCUCGACGUCUCAAGAUGCUUCAAGCGAUGGUUCUCUAAGUUCUGCGCAUGCAGGAUCUCCCUUCUUUUGGGAGAACGAGUGGCCUCCCGCUGAUGGUUUCUCCACAGGCGACGACGACGCCUUGGCUGUUCUCCCAUGGUCAUGCAACGAUUACUUGGCACCUCAGGAUAGCUAUCCCCCGGAAGAGUUCAGCAUUGACCCAGACUUUGGACCCCUCGAGAUAGCUGUCUACCGUCUUCUUGGACUGGACAUUCCUCUGCAGUACCAAUGGCUCAUACCCAACGACGGUACUGAGUGA